AUGGGACCAGCAGAGGCCGCCUCUUCGCCUGCGUUUCCUGCCCUGGACCCCAUAGUUGUGGACGACGAAAUGGAGAACCCUUAUCAUACGACCAACAUGGAUUUUUUGGACUCCGCAAGGUUGCAGAUGUCGUCUGAGAAUGCUGGUCAAGAUUUUGACGAUCUCUUUUCCCAUCCCACGUCCUCCCGUACCGUUACCGAACAGGGAUCUGCCUGUCUGUCGCCCUCAGAACUGUCUGUGAAAAGACCCUACCAAGAACAACAGGAUGCGCUGAGACCGCCGAACAUCGUGAAGUCAGACUCUCCUGCAGAGUCGGCGGAUGAUUCGAGUCGGAGUUCGUCCUCGGAAUCGCCCCGUAAUCACCUGCGGAACCCAUCAGUCUCUUCGUCUACCUCUGCCGUCCACAGCGAAAACCACAUGAUGCCUUUUGGAUACACAUCGGAGGACUGGGUGAACUCAGACCUUGGCUCGGUAAAGGAAGAAUCGCUGUUCAAUUUCGAUCCGUCUUUACCAAACGUCGAAGUCCCGUUUUCUACCGAGCCCGAUCUGGAAACCAGCAACAAAGCGAUGGAUGCAGCCUUUGAUUUCGAAAGCGCCGCCAGCACACCUAGCCCCUUGAGGACGGAGCCAGCUCCGCAGUUGAACCAUCAGAAGAAAGCCAAGCCGCGAUUUCGGGGUGCUUCUAGUACUAUGAUUAGACAACCUGGGUCCCCUCACAUCGCCUCCGGCGGUUCGCCAUUCCCUACUCAUCAUAUCAAGGAAGCAUCUCCAUUUUCGCCAUCAGGGUUACCCGGCCAUGGAAACACGCCCAAUCAAUGGGGAGGACAAUCUCCGUCGUCGCUCCUAGAGGAAAGCUUCGGAGGGAUCAACAUGAACGGCAGCUCUCCUUUGAAUUCCAAUAUCACUUUCGGCGCCAAUCCCUUUGCCUUCGGCAUCAAUUUUGCGCCGUCUCCUCAAACCAACAUUCAACCGGAAAUCCCGCAACGCCCGAUCCUGACCGUCCAUCCUACGUCGCUGAAAUCGCGAGUUGAAACUCAGAUACCCAUCCGUUUAACGCUUUUCCCGUUGCCUGCCGGAGUCAAAAGGCUCAGAUUGCCAAGUCACACCAUCUCGAAACCAAAAUUUCUGGCGCCCCCAUCUGCUGAACGCUCUCCAGACACCGUGGAGCUGCACACUAGCUUGGUUUGUACAAGUGCAAUGCAAGAUGAGGAUAAGCUCAAGAAGGCAUAUGCACGAGCGCGCGGCGACUUCCGCCACUCAUACAGCUCUAGUCCUCAUGUUGAUGACAUGCAGGAAGAUGAUAAACCCUUGGAGGGUGGUGAAGUGAAGAUUUGUGCUGGUUGCAUCCAACGAGAACGGAAGCGGGCAUUCCGCAAGAAGCAGAGGAAGCCAGAGGAAGAUGAACUGUUUCAAAAGGAUGAAGGGAAACGGGUGAUCGUAUUCAACACCAACGAGAUCAAGGACUGGACUGAACCAUCGAAAAACGCUGUUCCGGGCUAUCACGAUGCUCCGUUGCCAGCCGCACCUCCGGGAGCUAUGCAGGUCGAGCUGCCUAUGCGAAUAGCCUGCUACUGCAGGCACCAGAACGAGAAACUCGGGUUCCAGGUCAUAUUCACGGUCAAAGACUACAAAGACAACGUGAUCGCUCAGGCUAUCACGAAUUCCAUCAUGAUCACGGAUGACCACAAGACCCACCCUCCUCCGGGACCUCCCGCCCCUGGUCCGUCUCCUUCUUUGCCUGACGGAACGCAGCUUCCUGGUGUUAGCGUAUUCCCGUCGGGCCCCAGCAUCGAGGUGAGCAAGAGCUCUGCCUCGUCACAACCGACGUCGGAGGCCACGGAUCUUCGGCAAAAAUUCAAUUCGGAAUAUCGGUUGAACUCGCACUCUUUGCCGGCUUCCCAAAGCUCGAUUAGUGGGGCAUCGCCCAAUUCGCAAACUCCACGCAGUCUCUCGCGACAAACCUCUCCCAACGACUUCCAAGGUCCGAUGAGCAAACGACGCAAACAUAGCAGCUCUGGAAGACUUCCGUCAGAGUUGACGAUGACCAAACUCGAGUCAGCACAAGGUUCUUCGGCGGCCUCAAGUACGCCGGGUGUCAAUGCUGAUACGCCAUUUUCUGCUCCUCGUGGAUUCGCAUCACCUGUUGAAAGGCCCUUUGUUACCUCAUCUGCUAUGUCUGGGCAGUUUGCCAAUGGUCCUCCGACCCCCAACAGUGGUGAAAACAACCUAUUUUUCAAUCCAUCACAGCAACAGAGCCUAGACAACUUUAUCCAACAGCAAUUGAUGUCUGCGCCUAACUCAGCCCAGCCUAGUCGCCCGAGCACGCCCGGUGGUUCCUCCCGCAACACCUUUCAAGAUCAGAACUUCAAUGUCCCGCUUGGGCCAAGUUCUUCUGCUUCGAUGUGGCCGCCGCUGACAAAUCCGGCGACCCGAUUACCCUCCGUCAUCCAUAAAUUGGUACCAGCGGAGGGGUCUAUAACCGGGGGAACGGAAGUCACGCUGUUGGGAAGCGGGUUUUACCCCGGCAUGGAAGUGGUCUUUGGAGACACUUUGGCUACAACAACCACUUUCUGGGGUGAUAAGUGCCUCAAUUGUCUAACUCCCCCUGCGCUUCAACCUGGGCUAGUGGCCGUUGUCUUCAAACAUGAGCAUCCCACAUUUGGCCAGGUGCAGGCCGCCCAGCCUUUGAUGCCAAAACAGCAUCAGUUUUUCCGCUACGUGGAUGACAGAGAAUUGCAGAUGUACCGGCUCGCGCUUGGAAUCCUGGGGCAGAAACUCGGUAGCCAAGCCGAUGCGUUCCACACAGCUCAGCAGAUCAUGGGUAGCGAUCCUAAAUCAAUCUUCGGCCUCCAGAAAGACUUUCAAGGCGGGUCUGGUGGUCAUCAGCGCCAGGUCCCCGGGCUGGAGUCACAGGGCCAAUUGGGUGAUCUGGAUUCCCGGAUGCUAACCUACCUCGAAUUUGUGGACCUUGACGAUAACCCUCGUCCGCCCAAGUUCAAUUCUCGUUGUGCAACGGGUCAGACUUUGCUUCACUUUGCUUCUUCUCUGGGGUUGACACGCUUUGUUGCGGGACUCCUGGCAAGGGGUGCGAACCCAGAUGUCCAAGACAACACUGGCAACACACCCAUGCAUCUAGCCGCAUUGAAUGGCCACGCCCACAUCGUCCACAGGCUCCGUUUGACAGGCGCCAAUGCAAGUGCUCGCAGUGCCCGUGGCUUCACGCCUGCCGAUAUCGCAUCCACACUCCCUGCACACCAGGCUGCGUUUAUCCCCCCUCGCAAUCAUCGCUCGCGCAGCGUGGGAUCAUUGGGCUCCUCGCGGCGCAGACGCAGCAGCUCUGCAUCCGUCCACUCGCUUUGGGAGACCUCUUCUGGUUCUUUCGAUGAUGUAACCUCAGAUUCUGAAGGCGAUAGUUCGGAGGACGACGAACGCAUUUUCGCUGCGUCGCGGCGAUCUAGCAUCCAUCAGGAUGCAGCUACGUCUAUUCCCACGCCUGAGGCGUCUCCCCCGGCAGAGGACGCCAGGCCAUUCUCCCCUCCUGCCGCCCUCGUGGCUUGGCGCAAUCAACUGCAGGCUCAGAUUAACCAAUUCCAGCAGAGCGUCUCCAAUGCGUUCCCUAAUCUCCCUGCGCUUCCUCCUAUGCCGGCUCUGCCUGACUAUCAGGCUCAUCCGAUGAUGCGGCGCAUUACAAACCUCGUGCCGCACCGGCCAACUGCGAAGGAUGGCUGGUGGGACCUCUUGACAGGCAACUCUGGGCCCAGUGCCACCGAACUACCAUCUUACGACGACCUCUACCCACACAGCGAGAACGUAGAUGAAGAGGAAGCCGAGCGAACGAAGAAGUCGACCCUACUGCGAGCUGCCACAGAAGCAGCUCUGGACCAACAUUUCGAAGCACAAGCCAGUUCCUCGGUCGCGGCCGCUCCUGCGAAACAGGAGAGAGAAGAUAUCCAGGAUAUACGGAUCGGUCGCAACGUGAUAUCUCGCGAACAGCAGAAACACCUUCGGGAGCAACAAGCGCGCCGGAUGAAGGGACUCGGUAGUGACCGGAAUCUGUACUUCAUUUGGAUCCCUCUCCUACUUCUGGUCAUUUGUGCUUGGGCCCGAAGCUAUAUUCCUGGUAUUUGGCGAGUCUUCUCCGAAGGGUCUCAAUUUAUCAAGGCACGAUUUGCGCAACCCGCUUUGGAAGCAGGGGCUUAG